GGGGGGGGAGGGGAGGGCGAGGGAGACGCGCGGCUGGGUGCAUUCGCGUUGAGGUGACUCAUAACUCCCUCCCUCUUUCGCCUAGCUUUCUCCGGUCCGUCCCUCGUACCACGUGCCUUCCUGUCCGCUCCCCCAGAGUCCUUUCCAAACGCCUGAAGAAACUGCUGUAAAAUGUCGUGAGGGACGUCGCCGCUUUGCGGCUGCUUCUCUCAGAACUAGACCCCGGGAGUGCCCACCGCAGUCAGCGGUUCCUCCGGCGGAGUCGUCCUGACAGAAGGCGAGAGCACUCGGCGCGCCACUGGAUUUUUCGCCGCACCCGCGAGGGCUCCGGGCGAUGUGAACUCGAGGCGGCUUCUGUGCUCCCAGGCCCGGGGGCUGAGGUGGGCAGGCAGGUGCCUGGGAAGCCGCGGCCCGGCGGGAUGGAGGAGAGUAUGGAGGAGGAGGAAAUGCUCACCUACGAGGCAAUGAUGGACGACCAGAACCACAACAACUGGGAGGCCGCCGUAGACAGCUUCCGUCAGCCCCCGCCCGCCCCGCCGCUGCCCCCGCCGCCGCCGCCGCGGCCCUCGUCGUCCAUCCCGGAUCCUGGCCGAGAACUCCCGGGGGGACAGCUGCUGGCUGUGCAUGCGGGCUCCAUGGACAGGAAGGGUCUUAAGGAGGGGCUCCCGAUGGGGUCUCCGCCCUUGUCGGAGCCAAACGGGGUGAUUAUGAUGUUGAAGAGCUGCGACGCAGCCGCCGCGGUGGCCAAGGCGGCCCCUGCCCCCACCCCUAGCUCCACCAUCAACAUCAACACCUCCACCUCCAAGUUCCUAAUGAAUGUUAUAACAAUUGAAGAUUAUAAGAGCACAUACUGGCCAAAAUUAGAUGGUGCCAUAGAUCAACUUUUAACCCAGAGUCCUGGUGACUAUAUACCUAUAUCCUAUGAGCAGAUUUACAGUUGUGUGUAUAAGUGUGUGUGCCAGCAGCACUCAGAACAGAUGUACAGUGAUCUGAUUAAAAAAAUAACCAGCCACUUAGAGCGAGUCUCCAAGGAGCUGCAGGCCAGCCCUCCAGACCUCUAUAUUGAGAGAUUUAAUAUAGCUCUGGGUCAGUAUAUGGGAGCAUUGCAGAGCAUCGUGCCUCUUUUCAUAUAUAUGAAUAAGUUUUACAUAGAAACUAAGCUUAACAGAGACUUAAAAGAUGACCUUAUAAAACUGUUUACGGAACAUGUUGCAGAGAAGCACAUUUACAGCCUAAUGCCUUUACUUUUAGAAGCCCAGUCAACACCAUUUCAGGUCACACCUUCAACUAUGGCAAAUAUUGUGAAAGGCCUGUACACUCUCAGACCAGCUGUGGAAUCUGAACUUUCUGAGUACGCUGCCCAAGAUCAAAAGCUUCAAAGAGAACUCAUACAGAACGGUUUUACCAGAGGUGACCAGUCCCGGAAGAGAGCUGGAGAUGAGUUGGCUUACAACAGUCCAUCCGCUUGUGCAAGUUCCAGAGGGUAUAGAUAGUGACUGUUGAACUACGUUUCUCCCGAGAGAAGACACACUGGAGCUACAGAAACUGUUCCAGGCACAGUGGGGCCUGCACCACUCAGGAGCUCUGUCAGAGGCUGUUCUCAGAGAGGAUACCGGACUUCUUUCUUUGAUUUUCAGUUUUUAAAAACAAGAACUAACAAAAACAAUUGCUGCUAGACUGGGGGGUGAUUUGAAGUGGGACAAUCUUUUAAUCUACAGAGCAAGUGUCUUGGAGAGCGGCCGUUGCUAAAGGGAAGCUCAACAUUUGAAUCAGCUUCCUCCAGAAAUACAAGAACGAAAGAAUCUUUUUUUUUUUAAAGCCCUCGUCUUGUUCAUUUGUGGACUUGGAACAUGGUGUCACAUGUCAAGAUAUCUUUGCUUUAAAACCAAGCAGAUAUUACAAUACAGUGUUUUCACCCAUUCCCCAAACAAUCUGUUUUAAAUUCAGAUUGGUCUAUGUUUAGCAAUUAGUCUUGUGGAGGAAAAUGCUAACUGCUUUCACUAUCACUUUCCCUGUCAAUUCCCGUUUUCAACUGUGUGCCUUGAGCUCUGUGCACUUUGCAGCUAUGUGACCAUGUCAUCAAUCUCACGAUGCUUCAAACUGGCCCACCAAAGCCUCUGUAUGGCUUUGUGUUUGUAGCAGAACCUGAUUGAGAAAAUGGAAGCACUAGAGGCUGGUCAGAAUUCACCUGGCUGUCCCAGCUCUCCUGGGGACCAACUCUUACUGAGUGGUUUCCAUUCUGCUAUCCCCUCAUCUGAUCUCAGCUUCAAGUGGGGUGGAGCCCUGGGUUAGGGCUAUGAUACUGUAGAGAUUGCCCAACAGAGGGGGUUGCUCCCUUGGUCCCUCUCUGGAUGAAUGGUUUUAAAGCCAACUAUGGUCCAUCUCAUUUUAUUGGGUGUAUUUAAUACGAAAAAAGGUCAGCUCUACCCUGCAUCUCGUAAACAUCAUGUUUGAUAUCAAGUGCAACAGGGAGAGUUUGCACUGUUGUUUGAAGGCUCCUUUCAGCUGUGGUAAAGUUGUAUUACCCGUUUCCUACACCAACUGUGCUCUUUAGUUCUUCACAAAAGUCUGAAGCUUAUCCAGUUGUUUUUCAGUAAUAACAAAACUAGACAUAGCAAGGAAAAAGUAUUUUUCUUCUCAAUUUUGCUUGAAUGUGAAGUGAGCAUUAGCUUUGUGCUACCAGGCUCCAUCAGACAGUGAUGCUGACCAUUUAGAGAAUGCACCUAAUGCUACUGCUACCAAUUCAGUGGGCAGUAGAGUUAGAAGUGGAACACCAGGGACAAGAACAUUACCCAGUAGCAGUCCUGUGUUUGUAAACAAUGUUCCAGGGGAGGAAUAGUUAAGGGUUGACAGCUUGAUUCUUUCAGGUACUUGUCUGCAGUUGGUAGAGUUUAUGGGGGGUUUAAUUGGCUCAUUCCAUUUGGGUUACAUUGAAAAACCCUGAGUAGGGACAAGUGGGCUCUUAUGGUCUGUAUAGCUUUUUCUGCUCUAAUGUCAAGGGAAAUUUUUCAUUUUAUCAAAAAACCCAGUUUACUUUUCUGAUGGAAUGCUCACCACAAAGUUGUAAAUAUCAUUUGGAAGUGGUUUCUUCUACCCAGCUUUAAUAUUUUUGACAAUAGUAAAGUUGGAGCAUUUCUUGAAACAUAAUAGUUUCAAGAAUAGUUCAUAAUAGUUGAAACAUAGUGGUUCCGUGUCUUAAUUAUGCCCUCCUGCUCCCCCAGGAGAGAGUGCUCUUCUUUCUCUCCAAAAGAACUUUCCCUAUAAAAGCAUUAUAUUAAAUAAAUUGGCAUUAAAGUGGGUGCUUUUGUGUUAGUAACUCAAAGUUAGUCAUACUCAUUCUGCAUUAGCACAAAAUAGGCAGAGGAAAGCCUCUGAAAUUCUCAUUCUCAGAGUCAAAGCCUAGCACCACUUUGCUGGUACUGAAAGGCAUGGGGAAAAUGAGUGUGCUCCUGAGGACUGUGUCCUGGUGGUUUAGCAAGGCUUUACAGUUUGUAAACUUCAGGUGAAAUUGACACUUCUUGUUAAUUGAAGUCUUUACAGAAGUCUUAAUCUCCAACUACGAGGAAAUAAAAUCUGUUCUGCCUCAUUUUGUAUUUCCUGGAAAUAUUUUCUUUUCAAGUGUACUUGUGCUCUUACCAGUACAGUUUUUCUACCCCUGCUGAGGACUGUUUUUCUCAAUCAGAUCCUUAACAGUCAAAUGGUAUAGAUCAGUUAGUCACUGUAAUAUAGUUGAUUUGGCUAGAUGGCUAGUAUGGUUUUAUUUGCCUAAAAGUAGGCCUUUUAAAAAAAAAGAAAACCAGGUGGGUUAUCUUCAAGUGAUGGUUUAAAAAGUAAACGGAUGAUAGUGUUGAGAGACCAUGCUCAUUUUAAAGGUUGACCUUAUGCUUAGAUUAUCUGGUGACCUGCUAUCAUAACUGCACCCUGACCUGACAAGAAUCAUUUUCCUGGGGGCAGAAAGUAGAAUUUAGUGGCACCUAAGCAGGGUUAGCAAGAAGAAACUCUAACUUGCAUUCACAAUUAGUAAUGAUACAGUGCAUUACUAAAACUUCUCAGUCUUUUAUUACAAGUCACCUGUUCCCCUGUUUGCUAGAAUGAAGUUGGUUUGAGUGUUGGUGAGACUGCAGAGGAAUGGAUGUCCCUGGUCAUGACACUGCAUGUCUCAGACCUGUCUAGCUGCUGCCCCCCUGUCGUUUACUUUCUGUCAGGUUGCAGAUUUGCACACGUGAAUGAUUCCUCAGGAACAGUUUGCACACUCCUCACCUCAAUAUAGUCUGUACAGACCAAACAGCAUCUAAGGUUAUCAGCACAAGAGGGUUCAUACACCUACUAGCAGAGGCCAUGUGAGCUUGCAGGCAACUGGUUUCUGCAGGUAAUGGGAAGAGGAGCACAUAGUGUUUGUUUAAAUGACCUCCCAAUUCUCGCUGUAAACCAGAGUAAGAAACCUUCCAGAUGGUGUAUUGGGGCUGUGGUUUUUGUCUGUUUUUUCCUCUUUUCUGUUUUUCCUCAUAUAUGCAAGAGGAAUUGCCCAGGAGCUAAGAUUCAUCUGUUUAUUAAGCUCUGUCCUUAAGCAUUAUUCAAUGAAGUACACUAAUCUGAGAUAAUAAGAAACAACUAAAAAGCAAAACAAAAACUGCAUUCGGUAUCCAUCUGUUAGAGUUCAUUUUUUAGUGUGUUCUUGAGCUUUUUAGCUUGGAAUAUUUAUUUUUAUCCAAGUGUAGGGCUCUUAAGAGGGGGGACGUUAAAAUUCAAGGUUGGAAUGUGACACCCUUAACUGACAUCUGGAAGAAGUAUUGACCUUUUCUGUUGGUGACUGCUUUUAGUAAUACUGUGUAAAAUGUUCGUUUUUACCAGAGGUUCAAGCAGAAGUCAUAGGGGUUCAUAGAGAAGUGGCUCUUCUGUGCUUUUGUUAUCGUGUAGAAAUUUUCCUUGGUUUCUGACCCCUAGACUAUUUGGAAGGAGGUGCUUAUUCUUUUCCAAAGGAAAUGCUCCCUCUCUGGUCCCCUGCUGCUUAGCUGCAGUCACUGCCUCCUUCCUCCUGCACUAGCUGGCACCUUAAUUUAAACCUCCUUCCUGAGCCAGGGAUGGGUCUGCCUCCUGGGUGCAGGACCUGUUACUUUACAGGACCAAUGUCUGCCAUGAAGAUCUUCAUUUUAGGCCUGAUUCCAGUGUUAGAAGAGUGCUGCUGGAUUAUACCCAGGGAAGUUGUCAACACGGCUCUUGGGUUGAGUGAUUUGUUAAAAAAAAAAAAAAGAAGAUAAAUACUUUGGUUCUUACAUGUUUAAAUACUGUGAUUGUACUAAAUUCAGUGAGACUGGGUAUUCUCUUAAAGGUGGCAGUGUUCUUGGUUCUUAGUCUUACGUCAGUGUUAACAGCCAUCAAUUUUCAGAGAAAUUACUUACUUAAACAUCAAGUCCUGGGAAAUUGGCUCAAACAAAUGCUUAUACAAAAUUUGGAGAUCAUGUGCAGGCUAACGGAGUUUGCCGCCCACCAGCAUAGCAGAGUAAAUGAAGCAUUGCUGUCUGUUCUCCAGACCAUUUGUCAUAAGAAAUGGUAGAUCUGGCACUGUCCUUCACAGCUUACUUAAAGAACAUGACUGAAGCACUUCCUGCGCUGGGGUACAAAGCUGUUGGCCUGGGCUCUCUCCUUAUAAACAUGGUGGAUUCUGAAUCACUCCUCUGUAUUAGGUGUAUAUUCUCACUCUAAAGUAUUGUGGUUAAUGAAAAAUAAAUCUUGUACAGAUGUCAUUAAACUUGCUUUUUAAGUUU